AUGGACAAGCAGCUGCCUCUUGCUCUUCCCUCAGGUCAGUUGAGCAGCUCUCCUCAGAGCAGCUCCAUCAUUGGGCUCAUUGGGGACAGGGUCCUCCUGCCCUGCCACCUGCCAGCAGCUCACAGCCCUGAGGAGUUCUCUGUCCAGUGGAGGUUCCAGGGAGGGCCUCACAAAGUCACUGUGAGCAGCUAUGAUGGAAAGGCCCCAGAGGAGGAACCAGAUGAGAGCUAUCAAGGCAGAGCUGAGCUCUUCCACAGCCAGCUGAGGGCUGGCAACCUCUCCCUGCUCCUGAAGGACAUCAAGAGCUCUGACCAAGGACUUUACAGCUGCCAGGUCUCCUUCAAUGGCACACAGCAGGGAGCCUUGGUCCAGCUGCAAGUGGCAGCCCGUGGUGCUGUGCCUUCCAUUCACCUGAAGAGCCACAGGAAGGAGAGCAUUGCCCUCAGCUGCCAGGCAGAGGGAUGGUUUCCUAAACCUCAGCUGCUGUGGUUGGAUGGCCAAGGACAGGUCCUGAAGGAGGUCUCCACCACCAAGGUGACAACGAUGCCUGGAGGCCUCUACAGUGUUUUGACCUCCAUCAGCCUCCAGCAGAGCUCUGACCUGGAAAUCUCCUGCAGGGUAGUCAACAACCUGCUGAAUGCCACCAGCGAGUCCAGAGUCCUGAUCUCAGAGGUUUUCUUCCCCACCAUUUCCAAGUGGCUGAUGACCUUCCUCCUCCUUUUAUGCCUUUGCAUGGUCCUCAUCUUCACCAUCUCCUGCAAGCUGAGACGCAGCCAGAAGGAGAUCAUGAACUUGG